CAACCUAAUCGACCAUAUGCUGCAUAUUUCCUUCCGUCAUUGAACUUACACUCUGCUUAUCCAUCACGACCUCGCUGUCGUAUAAAUCCCCCCACGGCCCAGAAAGCGGACUUCCCAAACCAGUCAGUAUCUUCCUACCGCGCCGCCCUCGACACACGUCCAACCGAAGAUGGUCUUGAAGUUGUACGGCUCCCCCCUCUCCACCUGCACCCGGCGCGUCGCCGCCGUGCUCAAGGAGAAGAACGUUCCCUACGAGCUCAUCGCCGUCGACCUGGCGUCUGGCGCGCACAAGUCUCCGGAGUACCUCGCGAAGCAGCCGUUCGGCCAGGUGCCGUACAUCGUGGAGGAGGACGGCUUCCAGCUGUUCGAGAGCCGCGCGAUCGGGCGGUACAUCGCGCUCAAGUACGCGGGCCAGGGCAACAAGGUCCUACCGGACCCUGCGGACCUCCGGGCCGUGGCGAAGUUCGAGCAGGCGGCAAGCAUCGAGCUGAGCAACUUCGACCCGUUCGCGAGUCAGAUUGCGUUUGAGAAGGUGUUCAAGAAGAACAAGGGCCUGGGCGAGGCGGACCCUGCGCGCGUAGCGAGCCUGACGAACCAGCUCCUUGCGAAGCUCGACGCCUACGAAGUCAUCCUGUCAAAGCAGAAAUACCUCGCGGGUGACGAGGUGACGAUUGCGGACCUGUUCCAUCUGACCUACGGGUCGAUGCUCUCUCCGCUCGGCGUCAACGCACUCGAGGACGCUACGAAGCGGCCCAACCUGGCGCGGUGGUGGAAGGACAUCACUUCUCGGCCCUCCUGGCAGGCUGUGAAGAACGGGGCUUGAAGGCAGUGGGCGAGUCGAAGUGUUAAUUUAUAUCUGUGGAAACUGACUGUAAACGUACCGUGUUGAGCGAGC